UUUUGUUGACUUGUUUCAUCAGUCUCGACCACAGCCAAAAGCAAAGCAAAGAACAAUGGCGGCUUCUCUUCAAUCUGUAAACCCUACAUUGUCACGAAACCUAUCUUCACCGAACAACUCUUCCUCCUUCGUUCCCUUCCGAUCUCCAUUCCUCAGAUUCAAUUCCACCUCCGUCGCUCCCGAUUUCAAACCCCUCGUUUCGUUUCGAAACGCAUCAUCAUCCUUCGUCACUCGCUCAGCCGCCGAGCCGCAAGAGAGAAAGACCUUCCAUGGACUCUGCUACGUCGUCGGUGACAACAUCGACACCGACCAAAUCAUUCCCGCUGAGUUUCUCACACUCGUCCCUUCGAAUCCAGACGAGUACGAGAAGCUCGGCUCCCACGCUCUAGUUGGUCUCCCAGCUGCUUACAAGGAGAGAUUCGUUCAGCCUGGUGAGAUGAAGACCAAGUACUCGAUCAUCAUCGGCGGUGAGAACUUCGGAUGCGGUUCGUCUCGUGAACACGCUCCGGUUUGUCUCGGCGCGGCGGGAGCUAAAGCGGUGGUGGCUCAGUCUUACGCUAGGAUCUUUUUCAGGAACUCUGUGGCUACGGGUGAGAUUUAUCCGCUUGAUUCGGAAGUUAGGGUUUGUGAUGAGUGUAAAACAGGGGAUGUUGCGACGAUUGAGUUGAGGGAAGGUGAUAGUAUUUUGAUUAAUCAUACGACUGGGAAAGAGUAUAAGCUCAAGGCUAUAGGUGACGCUGGACCUGUCAUUGAUGCUGGAGGUAUAUUUGCUUAUGCUAGGAAAGCUGGUAUGAUUCCUUCUGCUGCUCCCUGAUCUUGCCUUAUCAAGGGGUCAAUCCAUGGGCAUGAGAGGUCUCAUCAAGGGUCUUACAUCGUGUGAUUCAAUAAUAAUAAAUUAAAAAAACAAUAAGAUGUAUGUUUGCAAGAGCUUAUGAAUCUGUUUUUUAUGCUUUAUGAAUAUAUAUGACUGUUGGGUUUAGCUUUCUCUGUCAGUUUCUUCUCUACGUUUUGGAUGUUCCCAUCGUUUCUAAAAAUUGCAUAGUUUCCCUUUUGAAA